GACGCCGACCCUGGCUGUGGGGCGCCCGAGCUGCCGAGGCUGCACCCGGGCUCCUGGCAGGACCGCGUAGCUCUCGGGAGGACCAUGGCGUCCCCAGCGCUGGCCGCGGCGCUGGCGGCGGCGGCGGCGGCGGCGGCUGAGGGCCCCAACGGGAGCGACGCGGGCGAAUGGGGUAGCGGCGGGGGUGCCAACGCCUCGGGAACCGACUGGGGGCCACCGCCGGGCCAGUACUCCGCAGGUGCUGUGGCGGGGCUGGCAGCCGUGGUGGGUUUCCUCAUCGUUUUCACCGUGGUGGGCAACGUGCUCGUGGUGAUCGCUGUGUUGACCAGCCGAGCCCUGCGCGCCCCGCAGAACCUCUUCCUGGUGUCUCUGGCCUCAGCUGACAUCCUGGUGGCCACACUGGUCAUGCCCUUUUCGCUGGCCAAUGAGCUCAUGGCCUACUGGUACUUCGGGCAAGUGUGGUGUGGUGUGUACCUGGCACUGGACGUGCUCUUCUGCACCUCGUCCAUCGUGCACCUGUGUGCCAUUAGUCUCGACCGCUACUGGUCGGUGACGCAAGCGGUAGAGUACAACCUGAAGCGCACGCCGCGUCGUGUCAAGGCCACCAUCGUGGCCGUGUGGCUCAUCUCCGCUGUCAUCUCCUUCCCGCCUCUCGUCUCGUUCUACCGCCGGCCCGACGGCGCCGCCUACCCGCAGUGCGGCCUCAACGAUGAGACCUGGUACAUCUUGUCCUCCUGCAUAGGCUCCUUCUUCGCGCCCUGCCUCAUCAUGGGCCUGGUCUAUGCGCGCAUCUACCGCGUGGCCAAGCUGCGCACGCGUACGCUCAGCGAGAAACGCGGCUCCGCCGGCCCCGACGGCGCGUCCCCGACCACAGAGAAUGGGUUGGGCAAGGCGGCGGGGGAGAAUGGGCAUUGCGCGCCCCCGCGCACUGAAGUGGAGCCGGAUGAGAGCAGCGCAGCGGAGAGACGGAGGCGCCGGGGCGCGCUGCGCAGAGGACGGCGGCGAGAGGGUGCUGAGGGGGACACAGGCAGUGCGGACGGACCGGGACCCGGACUGGCGACCGAGCAGGGUGCCCGGACGGCGUCUCGAUCCCCAGGCCCCGGAGGGCGCCUGUCGCGGGCCAGCUCGCGCUCCGUCGAGUUCUUUCUGUCGCGUCGGCGCCGGGCGCGCAGCAGUGUGUGCCGCCGCAAGGUGGCCCAGGCGCGCGAGAAGCGCUUCACCUUCGUGUUGGCGGUGGUCAUGGGCGUGUUCGUACUGUGCUGGUUCCCCUUCUUCUUCAGCUACAGCCUGUAUGGCAUCUGCCGGGAGGCCUGCCAGCUGCCAGAACCGCUCUUUAAGUUUUUCUUCUGGAUUGGCUACUGCAACAGUUCGCUCAACCCGGUUAUCUACACUGUCUUCAAUCAGGACUUUAGGCGCUCUUUCAAGCACAUCCUCUUCCGAAGGAGGAGAAGGGGCUUCAGGCAAUGACCCUCUGGCCGCCUGGACCUGGACCCACUGACCUCCUGGACAGCUCCGAACUCGGGUAGACAGAGGGACCAACAAAUGUGGCCUCUCCAGGGUGCCAGGGUGGACUUCAGGGCACAGUGUGUGAUGUGGCCAGCAGGAACUGGGCGAGAGACAACUGGGCCUCGGGGAGUGGGGAGGAGAAAGGGAGACCCUUUGCCUCCCCAUCUCAGCGAGGGGCUGUGGCUAGGUUGAGGCUCCAGUUCCUGAGAAGGCUUCUACGGAGUGUGGGCUGUGAAGUUAGGGUUUUAGAGCUCAGACAACUGCACCAAGAAAGGAGCAACCCCUCCCCACCUCGGUCUUCCCUGUGAGCAAGGGCUGACUUCCUAUGACCUGAAAAAAGGCAUCUCUCUGGGGGAGGAGAGAUAGCACAGGCAAUCUCUGGUUACUGAGAGUGCCAAAUACA